UUUGUGUCUACUCCACCCUAUUCAGACUACAUGGGAUACCAUCAUGUGCCAACUCUGGACACCCAUGGGCAGCCUGCGGGAACCUGGGGAUCUCACUACGGCCCACAGAGGGAGGACUGGAACGCUUAUGGCCCAGGACCUUCCAGCACGGUUGCUGCUGCACAGAUCAAUGGCUCGUCUCCUGGACAGGUCUCCUACAGUUGUGCUGAUUACAACUCCCUCCAUCCUGCUGGAUCUGGAGGGUUACCUCCU